GACAGGUGGGCCUGGGAUUCAAGGUCCGCCAGGUGAACAAGGAGAAAUCGGAGGUGCAGGGGAGGCUGGCGAUAAAGGACCAUUAGGUAUAAGGGGACAGGAUGCGGCAGGAGGAUAG